CUUCUGUCAGAUUGGCACUGAUCAAGGCUUUGGUCAUUGGCAACAAGAUUAUCCUUUUUUCUGGUAACAAAAUGGGAUCAUCCUCUUCCUACAACUCAAAUUGGACGCCUGAGCAGAAUAAAUCGUUUGAGAAUGGUCUGGCAAUAUACGACAAGGAUAUUCCUGAUCGAUGGAAAAAAAUAGCCAAGCUAGUCGGAGGAACAAACGAGCAGGAAGUAAAAAAGCAGUAUGAAAUCCUUUUAGAUGACAUCAACCGCAUCGAAUCAGGCGAAGUACCCCUUCCUAAGUAUAGAAGAAAUGGAGGAAGCAGCAGGGCUAAUGGCAUCAACAAUGAAGAGGAGAGGCUGAAGCAUCUAAAGCUCUAGUGGAGAAUGGCGAAUGCAACAGUAGACGAUGCUAUUUGCUGAAAAAGU